UUCGCGUCUCCGCCGCCUGCGAAUGGUCGUGACGAGGACGGUUGGGCAACUCCCUCCCACCCCCCGGGGCCCUCGCUGUAUUUGGCAGGUACCUAGGCAAACCUUGAAGCCAGUCUCUCGAGAAGCUUCUUCGACGUCGUUGGGGGUAGCUUCGUCAGCAACUGCGCUGCUUGAUAAUCGACCCUGGGGGGGCGUGGCCCCACUGGGAGCAGUCGUAUAAAGGUGGUUCGGCCGCUGCUGUCACCUCACUGACACAACCCCCUCCAAACCAAACACAUCCACACAUACACCAUGUCUGAGAACAAGGCCCUCAUCUUCAAGGAAGUCCCCACGGGCUAUCCUGUCCCCGGACAGCACAUUGGCCUGGAGCCGGUCUCCUACGACGCCAACGCCGCCGCCCCCGAGAACGGCAUCUUCGUGCAGUCGCUCUACGCCAGCUUCGACCCCUACAUGCGCGGCCGCAUGCGCCCGGCCGAGGUCAAGUCGUACUCGCCGGCCAUGGCGCUGGGCCAGCCCAUCGACAGCGCGGUCAUCGGCAAGGUGCUGCGCUCCAACAACCCUUCAUACCAAGAGGGCGACCUGAUCCAGGGCUACCUCCCGAUCCAGUCGUACAUCUCCGUGGGCGCGGAGCGGCUGCCGUACGUCAAGAAGCUGGAGAACCCGCUGGGCAUCGAGGACAUCCGGGUGUUCAUCGGGGCGCUGGGCAUGCCGGGCUUGACGGCGUACUCGUCGCUGUACGAGAUCGGGCAGCCCAAGAAGGGGGAGACGAUCUUCGUGUCGGCGGCCAGCGGCGCCGUGGGUCAGCUGGUCGGCCAGCUGGCCAAGCACGAGGGCCUGACGGUCAUCGGCAGCGUGGGCUCCGACGAGAAGCUCGAGUACAUCACCAAGGAGCUGGGCUUCCACGGCGGCUUCAACUACAAGAAGGAGAAGCCGGCGGACGCGCUCAAGCGCCUGGCGCCCAACGGUAUCGACAUCUACUACGAGAACGUCGGCGGCGAGCACCUCGAGGCCGCCCUGGAGGCGAUCAACAACUUCGGCCGCGUGGUGGUGUGCGGCAUGAUCUCCGUGUACAACGGCACCCCCUACCCGAUCAGCAACAUCUCGUACGUGCUGACCAAGCGGCUGACCAUGCGGGGAUUCAUCGUCAACGACCCCGGCAUGGGCGACAAGUACACCAAGGAGCACCAGGAGAAGGUGCAGCAGUGGAUCAAGGAGGGGUCGUUCAAGGCGCUGACGCACGAGACGGUGGGGAUCGAGAACGCGGCCGAGGGCCUGGUGGGCAUCUUUUACGGCAAGAACAAGGGCAAGGCCGUGUUGAAGUUUUAAGCCUGGCCCUGUCGAUUGUAUAUCUUGACCUCCCUAUACCAUGAUUGAACAUAAGACCCGAAUGAACUAAACAUUAAUAUUUCACCUCUUUUUUCCAUCUUUCCAAGCGCAAUCAAUCUCUCCCAACCCUCCAAAGACACCAUCAAAGACACCCUCCCUCCCAAGCACCUAAAUCUUCUCCCGAUGCCCGUUCUCCCCCUCGC